AUGUUCAGGGAUCAUUGCUAUGGUAAUAAGUCUAUGAAGCGUUUAUAUCCUGAUUUGAUUAUAUGUGGAAGUAAACUGGAUCGCCCAUUCAAAGUCAAUAGAUUCGUUGAGCAUGAGGAAUUAAUAAUGCUGGAUGAUUUAUGUUUUCAAGCCCUCUCUACUCCAGGUCAUACAAAUGGUCAUUUCAUUUACCGAUUAAUUACAAAAGAUAAUGUUGAUUGCUUGUUUACGGGAGAUUUUGUUUUCACUGCUGGUAUCGGCAGAAUAUUCGAACGCAAUGAACAAAAAAUGCUGGAAUCGAUUUUUUCCUUGAAAAAAUUUUCGCCGUCAACUCUUCUUUUUCCCGGUCAUGAAUAUGCAUUGUUAAAUCUUUCAUUUGCUUAUUCGCUGGAUCGUAACAAUUCGAUCCUUAAUAAUAUGAUGCAAGUGGUUCGUGAGCAGCGUAGACAGCAGUUACCUUUAGUAGAGCAAUUUAAUAAUUUGUUUGAAAUUGGUGUUUUCGAUUCGCAUUGGGUAUCGUAA